AAUUUGGGAAGUUGUAUAGGUUAUAUGCUAUAAAUUGUAUGCUCUUAUUUUGAAGAGCUGUGAUUCCACCGGAAAAACUUUUUACGCGACUUGUAAAAACUUUACGGGCAGUAAGCCAGCUGGAUGGGAGGAAGAGUAGCCCGGCAGUGACAAACAUGAACAAGCUGAAGUCCUCGCAGAAGGAUAAAGUUCGCCAGUUCAUGAUUUUUACACAAUCCAGUGAGAAGACUGCAGUGACCUGCCUGGCACAGAAUGACUGGAAGCUAGAUGUUGCCACAGAUAAGUUUUUCCAAAGUCCAGAGCUCUACAUUUCAAAUCUAAAGGGGGCCUUAGACAAGAAGAAGCUUGAGCAGCUGUACAACAGAUACAGAGAUCCUCAUGACGACAACAAAAUAGGCAUCGAUGGGAUCCAGCAAUUCUGUGACGACUUGGGUUUGGACCCUGCCAGUAUAAGCGUCCUCCUCAUCGCCUGGAAGUUCAGGGCAGCAACGCAGUGCGAGUUCUCGAAACAGGAGUUCAUGGAAGGCAUGACAGAACAGGGGUGUGACAGCAUAGAGAAGCUAAAAGCUCAGCUGCCUAAGAUAGAGCAAGAAUUAAAGGACUCAAGGAAAUUUAAGGACUUCUACCAGUUUACAUUUAAUUUUGCAAAGAAUCCUGGCCAGAAAGGUUUGGAUUUAGAAAUGGCAAUUGCAUAUUGGAAUUUAGUUCUCCCGGGAAGAUUCAAGUUCCUGGACCUGUGGAACAAAUUUUUAGUUGAACACCACAAAAGAUCGAUUCCUAAGGACACUUGGAAUCUCUUACUAGACUUCAGCACGAUGAUCACAGACGACAUGUCGAAUUACGACGAGGAAGGAGCGUGGCCCGUCCUUAUUGACGAUUUUGUGGAGUUUGCGCGACCACACAUCGGAACCAAAAGCACUGCAGUUUAAGGUCCGCUCUCACUGAAGUAACAGCCAUGAGAGGUUUCUACAAAAUCAGUGACUGGAGGACUGUGGAGUCACACUGAGCUGGGAACUAUGUUGCCUUUUCAACCCUCAGGACUGAAAUAUUUUACACAGCAGAGACUUUAUAUAUAUUAUGUGUAUGUACAAAAGGCAUAUCCGUUUGUUAGUUAACACGUGAUAGUUUGAAACUUUUAUCUAAAGUAUUGGGCUUUUGUGUGCGCUCAAGCCAACUAGAGAGGAGUCUCCAUUUGAACCCACGUGGGUCCCUGAUGUGGUUGCACUCCGAUACAGGUAGAUAUACACACUUGAACUGUAAUGUAAACACAAGGGUUUGCAAAGAAGAUGUUGUUCUUUAAAUACUGAAUUUUAAUACUAGUGUGCAUUUCCUGAUUUUUGUUUUAUGAUACGUUUGUGUUACAAGUCAGUAUCAAACAUUGAUUGUAAUUUUUUAAAUCAUAAUGCUGUUUGUUUAAACACAAAUACAUAAGGAUAAAAUAAAUGUUUCAGUUUGGUCUCUUUAAAGUU